AUGGGAACCUUAGGGAAGAGGAAGGAGAACCCGAAACCUGCACAAGGAUGCAGCACUGCCCCUAAAACAGCACUUGAACUGAAGCAGAUCAGUCGUUGUGCCUCCCAUUCAAAUCCUACCCAGAUUACUGAGUUCAGAAUAAUGAUGCCUUUGGGACACUUAGCCAAAGGCGCCAGCCUGGAGAACCUCAUUGAAACCUGCCUUCAGUCUUUUGAUUCAGAGGGAAACCUAUAUCAAAACAACCAGCUGCUACAGAUAACACUGACCAUGCACAGAGUUAUCAUCCCCUCUGAGGAUGUGCUCCGAAAACUAAUUGAUCUAUAUCUGGAUGCUUUAGAAAAGAAAUCUGGGCUUUGUGUAAAGAUAUGCUAUUUUGUAAGGUAUUGGAUAACAGAGUUCUGGAUCAUGUUCAAAAUGGAUUCUAGUCUAAUUAACACCAUGGAGGAAUUUCAGAAAUUGGUGAGAGCUAAUGGUGAGGAGUUACACUGUCGCCUAAUUGACACAACUCAAAUAAAUUCCCGGGAUUGGUCCCGAAAGCUUACACAGCGGAUAAAGCCCAACACCAGUAAGAAAAGGAAAGUCUCACUUCUCUUUGAUCAUCUAGAGCCGGAAGAGCUAUCAGACCACCUCACCUACCUUGAAUUUAAGUCCUUCCGAAGAAUAUCAUUCUCAGAUUACCAGAAUUACAUUGUAAACAGCUGCGUAAAGGAGAAUCCAACAAUGGAAAGGUCCAUUGCUCUUUGUAAUGGUAUCUCCCAAUGGGUACAACUAAUGGUACUCAGUAGGCCAACACCACAGCUUCGGGCUGAAGUGUUCAUCAAGUUUAUUCAUGUUGCACAGAAGCUCCACCAGUUGCAGAAUUUCAAUACUUUAAUGGCAGUGAUAGGAGGUCUCUGUCACAGCUCUAUCUCCAGACUCAAGGAAACAAGUUCUUAUGUUCCUCAUGAGGUCAACAAGGUGUUUAAUGAAAUGACAGAACUGCUCUCAUCUUAUAGGAACUAUGACAAUUAUCGACGUGCCUACAAUGAGUGCACUAACUUUAAGAUCCCAAUCCUUGGGGUCCACUUGAAAGACCUGAUCUCCCUUUAUGAGGCCAUGCCAAAUUACUUAGAGGACCAAAAAAUUAAUGUGCAUAAACUACAGUCUCUGUAUAACCACAUAAAUGAACUGAUACAACUCCAGGAGAUGGCACCUCCCUUAGAAGCUAAUAAGGAUCUUGUUCAUCUGCUCACGCUGUCACUUGAUCUUUACUACACUGAAGAUGAAAUAUAUGAACUAUCGUAUGCACGAGAGCCAAGAAGCCACCGAGCUGCACCUUUGACACCUUCCAAACCACCGGUAGUUGCAGACUGGGCCUCAGGCAUAGCUCCAAAACCUGAUCCAAAGACCAUCAGCAAGCAUGUUCAGAGAAUGGUGGAUUCUGUCUUCAAAAAUUAUGACCAUGAUCAGGAUGGAUACAUUUCUCAGGAAGAAUUUGAAAAGAUUGCAGCCAGCUUCCCAUUCUCAUUUUGUGUCAUGGACAAGGACAGGGAAGGUCUGAUUAGCAGGGAUGAAAUAACAGCUUACUUUAUGAGGGCUAGCUCGAUCUAUUCUAAAUUAGGUCUUGGCUUUGCUCACAACUUCCAAGAGACCACUUACCUAAAGCCUACGUUCUGUGACAACUGUGCUGGAUUUCUCUGGGGAGUUAUUAAGCAAGGAUAUAGAUGCAAAGACUGUGGAAUGAACUGUCACAAGCAAUGCAAAGACCUGGUUGUAUUUGAGUGCAAGAAAAGAUCCAAAAGCAUGACUGCAGAUAACAGCCCGACCUCAGCCCUCGCUUCUAGCCUCUGCCCUGUAGGAGUCAAAGAGCAAUUCCAUGGGCAGGAGGAAGGACCAUUUACAUUUCCUAAUGAAGAAGUGGCUGAACACAAUGAAGAGAGCAAGGACCGAACGAUUAUGCUUAUGGGUGUCUCGUCCCAAAAAAUCUCAGUGAGAGUGAAGCCAGCUGUUCUUGACAAGAGCACACAGACUGAGCCAGCACUGGCAAAUAGCACUGUACCCAGUAGGCAGAUGGAGAAGGAGCAUGGGAUGCCAUCGGAAAAUAUUUAUCUACAGCCCGCAACACCAUCUCCAUGCCCAAGCCCAGUUCUAAGCCGCAAAAAGGCUUAUGUAAAAUGGGAAAACAAAGACUCAAGUCAGAAACGAAAGGAUGAGCAGCGCAUCUAUAAACCCUCGUACCAGGAAGUGGAGCAGGAAAGAAAUAUUCUAAAGGCAGAAAAUGAAGCUUUAAAGAUUCAGCUUAAACAGGCACACAAAACAAUUGAAUCUCUCAGUAUUCAACGCAGAAAUCAUGUCUUGGACAAUACACAACACAGAGACUGCGCGUAG